AUUAUGCGCGAGGCAGAGUUUGCUCUUCACAGAGACCAGCCUCGUCCCGUGGCCGUGGGUCGCAGCAGAGAGCCUGAGUCGGCGGCGGCGCCGACUCGAUCUGCUCCGCUCUUGAUCUUUCCCUCGCGCGUCUCGUGGGGGGUUAGCACCUCGCGAUUUGCUCGUGGCCAUGCAGUGCAGCGGCGGCGGCAGAGACGGCAGCCACUGCGGCGAAUCCCAAGCCCUCAUAGCAACCAUGAUGCAUUGCACUUCAGAUGAAUCAAUUGCUUCAGUGGAUGCAACAGAGGGCUCACCCUCCAAACAGGAUGACGAUUCCCAGGUUUGCAAAGAACGAGAUUAUAACUCGCAGAAAGGCGAAAGGGUGAGAAAUUCAGGACCCAUGCUUCCUGAGGACAUCUUGUAUCACAUACAUUCUCUAUUGCCACUUAGGGAUGCCGCCCGUGCUGCCUGCGUGUCUCAUGCAUUCUUGAAUUCCUGGAGAUGUCGUCCCAACCUCUGCUUGAGUACCGAAACUCUAGGCUUGAAAGGAAGCCAUGAUAAAAGAUGCAUGGAUUUCACUAUAACAGUUUAUCAUAUUUUGAAGCAGCAUUCUCGCAUUGGCUUGAAGACAUUUCAGCUUGCCAUGUAUGGUUAUUACAGUAUCAGUUCUUGCCAUCUUGAUAGUUGGCUUCACCUUGCUCUUACAUCGGGGACUGAAGAGCUUGUACUUGAGAACACUUCAAUGAAGUAUAACCUACCAUUGUCACUUUUCUCUGGCAAGAGUGGAAACUCAAUCCGGUAUCUUCAUCUGAGCUUCUGCACCUUUCGUCCAACAUUCAGACUUGGGUGCUUCAGAAGCUUGAAGAAGCUGCAUCUGCAUAAUGUGAGUAUUACUGGGGACGAGUUAGGACGCCUUCUUCCAGAUUCUGUUGCUUUGGAGAAGUUAGAACUCGCGCAUUGCAAGGAGAUAAUUUGCCUGAAGAUACCCCAUGUGCUGCUGAGGCUCAGCUGCCUGAAUGUGGCUGUAUGCCACAAUCUGCAAGUGAUAAAGAAUGAAGCUCCAAAUUUGUCCAGUUUGUGCUUUGAAAGGUUGCGCAACCUUGUACAUAUCUCACUUGGAGAAGCAUUGCAUGUGAAAAAAUUAGAAUGUUUCAAGGCCUUCGACUUUAUGCAGCUUCCGGCCAUCCUGCCAAAUCUUGAAGCUCUUACCACUGAUUUGAUUUACCAGAUGGCCAGUGUACCAAGCGUGCACAGCAAAUUCUCCCAGCUGAAGUACCUAAACAUUAGCGUUCCUAAAGAGACCCAUGGCCUGGUCUAUGAUUAUCUUUCCGUGGCUUCAUUUCUUGAUGCUUCUCCUGCCUUGGAGACUUUCAUCCUGCGUAUACAUGUACCGGAGUUUCCUGUGCAGCAUGGCUUGUUUUCUGGCGGUUCCUCCCAUCUGCGUCAGAUGCCAGAACACCGAUAUGGGAAGCUGAAGCGUGCGGAGAUCAUCUACUUCUACCCUACGAAGAGCCUGCUGGAGCUCGCAAACCAUGUUCUUGAGACCGCGACUUCACUUGAAUGCCUCACACUGGACACCUCUAGCUGUUGUUGCCGGUGGCGUCGUGGCAGCAAUCCUGCCAUGUGCUACCUCGAGGCUAUCAAAAGAUACUUCGAAGGGAAAGUCCCCUCCACCACCUCUACGGCUAGACUAGAUGUCAAGGGGCCUUGCUGUGGAGGACUGGACGAUUAUACAUGGCAAAGUUUUACUGUGUUUGGUGGGCGUUCAUAGUGGCCGGGAUCGUGCUGUGAAAUGUGAACGUAAAAGAUAGAUGUCAAUCAAGGUAUCGUUGAGACCACGCUUUGCCCAGUUUGCCCUCCAUUGCUUCCUUGAGAGAAUGUGUCAAUACAGCUUGCCCAUAAUUGGAGCCAUGUUGUUAAUUGCUUGACGUGAUAUAUGAUUCUCCGUGUAAAGUACGAGCUUAUGCAUCUUUGGGAGUGUGGAGAAACAGCUGUUUUGCAGUAGUGUCACCGUUGAUUCCGAUGGGUUUGGUAGGACUGUUCCUGAAUAUAUUCCUGACAGAGGUGCUGUAUGCAGCCUGAAAGGCGCUUCAGACUUCAGAUGUCCCGGCAUUGUGAGCAAUCGAACAUUUGUCA